AUGGCCGUCGAAACGGGGGUCUGGGCGGGCAUCGCCGUGACUGGAGUGGCCGCAGCGCAUGUCGUCGUUGUCCGGGCCUCGAGGGAGUUCACGUCGGAGCGUGGCUCGUGGAUGCUGCGCCGGGGAUGGUGGGGCCAGCUCGUGGACCUCACCGACGGACAGUGGGCCGCGUUCCGCGCCUCCAUCCCGCUGCUCGCCGCCGGCCUGUCGGUCAUCGUGCUCAUCACUUCUCUGACGAGGCGCCUCGCCCCCUCCGCGGCCUCCUUCGUCUCCACAGCGCUCGGGCUCGCCUUCCUGUGGGUGGCGCACGGCGGGUACUCCGUGGCGCACCUGUGCAUCGCGCUGGCGCUGUACGCGUGGACCACGGGGUGCUCCGGCACAAGGUUCUUCGUGCCGGUGACGUGGGCCGCCGCCUGCGCGGUCCUCGCGGCGGUGCGGCUGUACCACGGGUUCGCGUGGCGCGACGUGCACCCGGCGCUGUCGGCGCUCGACGCAGCGGGCGCUGGGUCGAUGCGGUGGGACGUCUGCUUCAACUUCACGAUGCUGCGCCUGAUCAGCUUCGCGAUCGACCGCCACAGGGCGGUGGUGACCAAGAACGGGAGCGCCGCGGCGAGGGACGUGGCCAGCAGCGUCGGCGAGCCCCUGCCGCUGGUGCAGUACGGGCUGCUGCCGUUCCUCGAGUACGUGUACUACGCGCCGCUGUACAUCACAGGUCCAGUCAUGACGUUCGACGCGUUCACGGCGGCGCGGAGGGCGGCUCGCCGAGGAGGCACUACGACGUCGAUGCCAACUGUGCGGACAACGGCGGUGUACGGCGUGCGCGUGGCCCUGCUCCUGGUCCUGGUCGAGCUCUUCACCUCGCACCUGUACACGAACCUGCUCGCGCAGCGCAGUGGAGGCUGGUGGGUGUACCAGCGUCCCGCGGUGGUGGGCUCCCUGGGGUUCACGUCGCUGGUGUACCUGUGGCUCAAGUUCACCGCCAUCUGGAGGUUCUUCCGGUUCUUCGCGCUCGCCGACGGAGUGCCCGCGCCGGAGAACCAGCGCCGCUGCAUCUGCGACAACUUCACCGUCCAGGGCUUCUGGCGGAACUGGCACUACUCGUUCUACACGUGGCUGCUGCGGUACGUGUACACGCCGCUGGGGGGGUCUCGAUGGCGCGCGGCGAACAGCUUCGUGAUCUUCGCGUUCGUCGCGUUCUGGCACGACCUCGACUGGGAGCUGCUCUCGCGGCUCCUGACGUGGGCGGGCCUCAUGGCGGCGUUCCUGCUGCCGGAGCAGGUGCUGCUGCGCGCGAUGGGGCUCGCGCCGUCCAAGGGGGCGUCGGGCGACGUGGUCGUCGCGGGGACGCUGCGGAGGUCGAUCGUGUCGGUGGUGGGCACGGUGCUCAUCUGCGGCCUGAUCACGGGCUGCCUGGCGGGGUUCGUGAUCGGCGGCUCCGGCGUGGUGCCGUUCCUCACGUCGCUGUUCUCGAGCGAAGGUUGGGCGUUCCUGGGGUGCAGCGCGGUGACGCUCUUCGCGGGCGUGCAGCUGAUGCUCAGCAUCCGGCAGUGGGAGGACGACAACGGCCGGCGGCUGUGCCCAGCGUGA